GAAAGUAUUAAAAUCACGCGACGCGGCUUCACGCACGCGAACAACGGAUUAAAAUUCAGUGUUUUUGUUUAUUUUUUGUUAAUUACAGAUUACAUUUAAAAGUUUUGAGUGGUGUUGUGUGAUUGGUGUGUAGCUACGUCCCGCAGUUGGUAUAAUUUGCCUCGCUGUGUCUUGGCUUGGUAACUGGAAGCAGAUAAACCGCAAACGAAAACCAUGAACGAGAUAGAACCAAACUUACUUCCCCCACGAGAGUCGAGACACAGAAUCGACUCCACAUAAAUAUGACAUCAAGCCAUCUUCUGAUGUCAAAAUACCGAAAACCGAUGCAAUGUCAGACGGUGAAGAGCAACAUGAAAAACCCGACCAAAUUCAAAAUGAACAGAAUCACAGUAAAUUUUUUGAUGACGAUAGUCAUCUUAGCUUUGUUGCCUUAUAGCUCGACACUGAGUUUGCCGAACGGUGAUCCUGCCCCGGGCAGAUCGCCGGGACCACCUCAACUGGAUGACAAAGAAGUUGCACCUGAUGAUAAAGCUAUAGAAAUUCCUGAGGUUUACGAUGAAACAACGACUAGUGAGGAAGUUAUAGAGGUGACAACUGUGAGUGAGGUAGUGAGUGAAAGUACGGUGGAUAUCAGUGAUGCAUGUGCCUUCGCGAGGAUCCCGAGUGACAGUGACGAUAUCGUCACGCUCAGUGACGCAGAUAGUGACGUUAACCUGACGCUUAGCCAUCCCGUAUUCGAAGCUGACCAGCUGGUGCGGGGAGUGGUUUACGAUGUCCACCUUCAGUUCGAGGACACGACACUCCGAGACUACGUCCUCCACUCGAUAGUGGACAACUUCAUCCGGGGGAACUUCACCCCCACCUCGUACUCCGAGCGGCCCUGCAGAGACGAGACCCUCCCCUACUUCCUCCCAAAGCACAUGCGAACCGAGCGUUCAAAACACGUGAAAAAGUCCAAAAAAUACGGAGUGCCCUAUAGGACAUUCGAAGACUAUAGUAUAAAAAGUGUAGAUAGCCUUAGUGAUGGGUAUUACUUCAGACCAAAAUAUCGUAGUUAUAGAGACGAGCGGUCGGUUUAUCGAAGGUUCGCGAAGAGUUUGCGGAUGAGAAGGAGGUACCUGCCGGCGCGCGUGGUCAGCGGUCCGCUGGCCACCAGACCGGCUGUGCUGCUGCAGUGGUCCCUCAAUGAUGCCGUGCAUUUAGAUAGUGAGGGGACUAGUGUUGUUUUUAGGUUACGUUAUAGAAAAACAACGAGUGCCACCAUAUACCAAGUGUUCUUUACUAAAAAAUUAAGAUUAGAUUGUGCAUUACGGCUGCGGAGUGUGCGCGUGGGGCGCGUGCACUCGGGGCACGUGCCGCGCGCGCACGGGUGUCGGUUGCUCGUGCCCGCGCCCGCCGCGCGCCGUGCGCUGCUCGUCGAGCUGCACAAGCUCAACGUGCCCUGCGCCGCCGGCUUCAUCCGCUUCGCCCCCAACACGCCCACGCUCUGCGGGAAGCUCGACCAAAUCCCACCCCCCAACAGAAAGUUCCUCUACACGUCCGCCAACAAAAACCCCGUCAUAGAACUCCACGGCCGACCCACGUUCGCCGCGAUAUACCGUCUAGUAGACCAUUGUCACAAUGUUCUGCUCACGGGAAGAAACGGCUCGUUCGAAGUCGGCCCCACCGUCAAACUCUCAUGUUCGUAUGAGAUCCACCUGCCGUACGGCAACCGUGUCGCUCUGCGGCUACAAAUGGGCACAGGACCAAUGAAGGCGAAGGAAAAUGACGUGUCCAACAUUAUACAUGAGGAUGUACAAGCUUUGUGUAGAGGUAUGGAGUUAAGUUUAGAAGAUGGAGACUCGAAGUGGAAACACUGUUCGCAACCGGGGGAUCCUUUAAGAAGUGUUCAGAUAGUGUCGGAAGGGAAUGCUGUGAGGCUGAAUAUUAGUAUAACGGCGAAGAAGAAUGCCUCAGCGAUGUGGUUGAAGGUGUGGUGGAUGGACAAGGCUGUGGAGGAUAUCGUGGGGCACUGCGAGUACGGGUGGGUGCUGUCGGGGGACUUUUGCAUAUCAGCGGUGCGGGAGGCGAAGAAAGCGUGGAGACAGGCGGAGGCGGAAUGCGUGCGCCUCGGGGGACACCUCGCCAGUGUGCUCAAUGAGAGGCAGCAGCAAAUUAUGGACCAACUACUUAUACAUGCCCCUGGUGCCGGAGUGGAUGACGUGUACUGGAUCGGAGCGACUGAUGCCGUCCAUGAAGGGGAGUUCCGAUGGUCCGAUGGAUUGCCUUUCUCUUAUGCACACUGGUUCCCGGGCUGGCGCAAGCACAGUGGACAGCCGAAUGACGAUGGCACAUCUGGCCAGGACUGCGUGGAGGCUCGCCGGGAGUUCCCCCCGCGUCCCCCGGCCGCUGACACCUUCAUGUGGAACGAUAGGGGCUGCAGGGAGCAUAACUACUUCGUUUGUGAAAAGCCUGGUGUUGAAGACCCCUACAUAGCAUCAAAGAUCCUCUGCAAUGAGACAAUCAUACUGUCCCACACACACCCGCACGCCAUAGUGUCGAGCCCCGGCUUCCCCCGGCCGUACCCAGACGACGUGCAGUGCGUCAGUGAGAUCCGAGCGCCUCCCGCGCAUACUCUGCGGCUGCACUUCGAAGAAUUGCUCACUGAACAUGAGCCGCACUGCAGCUACGACUACCUGGAGAUCUCUGAGACGGGCGUGGACAACAGCAGCGAGCAUCACGAGUGGCAGCUGCGAGACCACCAGGAGGCGUUCAGCUCUGAUACAGAGAUUUGGGAAGAAACAGAAACCCAGCUACCCGAGUCAGACUCCAUAAGCGCAGGCUGGAUGCGCGACGCCCACGCUUUGCGCGCGCGCCGCCUGUGCGGCGACUGGAGUGGGAAGCUCAAACUGCUGCGGUACCAGUCGAGAGGGAAUGUUCUGCGUCUGCGCUUCAGAGCUGACCACUCCAGGCAUUAUGCUGGGUUCCGGGCGAAGGUCACUGUUACUGAUUCGCAAUCGUGUAUGGACUCAAAACAAGUGCUGUUCAAUGGACACUGCUACCUCUUCUCCGGAUACCCAAAAGCCUCCUGGGCCACUUCUAAACAGGUGUGCGAAGGCCUGAACAUGCAUCUAUCAUCAGUCCACUCAGCAGACGAAGAACGCUUCAUAGUAUCAGGUAUACGACAAAGCAGCGACUACAGCGCUGGGUCCGUCUACUGGCUCGGAGCCCGUCAGGGGGGAGAAGAUGGCGAUAGCUUGAGCUGGAUCGAUGGAAGCGCUUUAGGGUACCAAGGAUGGCCGCCGUAUAAUGAUACUGAGGAAGUUGCUGAUGCGUGUUUGGGUAUUCAGUGGAAAUCAUCACCAGUGCCGUCACUACCUAGUGGAUUGUUUUGGACUCUACAUAAGUGUGGCGUGACAGGAGGGUAUGUGUGCAAGCGACGACUUAACCCCGAACAUAUCGUUAAGAACAGGACCGUUGAAGGAACUUCAGGUGUAUUAACAAGCCCAAAUCACCCUGGAAUGUAUGACAACGACCUCGAUUUCUGGGUACACGUGGUGGGGCCCGCGGAUACACGACUCGUAUUUGUUUUUGAAAACAUAGACUUGGAAUACCAAAAGGAUUGCCUUUAUGAUUUUGUUGAGCUCCGUGACUCGUGGAACAUGAAGUCAUCGAGAUACUGUGGUUCUGUGGGGGAGGCGCGCUGGGUCGCUGCCACUAACAAAGCUGUGCUGUACUUCCAUUCUGAUUACACUACCCAAGGAUCUGGAUUCUCUGUAUCCUGGCGCGCUGUGGAGCUGGUGGGCUGUCCCUCGCAGACCUUCACUUCAAAGGAAGGUGUCCUCAGAAGUCCCAACUACCCUCACUUUCUGCUGCCCAAUCUGGAUUGUACCAUCGAUAUUUUAGCUCCUACAGGCAAGCGCGUUUUCCUAAACAUCAGCCACUUCGAUUUCGGCUACGGAGUGUUCGCAAAAGGAGUUCCAAUCAACGUCUCCGACUCGAUCCCUGAAGAUUCCUUCAUUGACGUUCAGAUAGACCUGCAGAACCCGCCAAUAAGACCGUUUGUGAACCCCAAAAUACUGACCAAUGGCCUCUUCGUGUCUCAGUCAGAAGUGCUAAGGUUGAGGAUCAAAACCGGCGAAAAUGUUACCGGACCGGGGUUUAUAGCUUAUUUUAAGACUAUAAGCUACCUCAACGCGUCUCACGUGGUGGAGGUCUCGGCGGGCGCGGACGGGCGACUGGCGGCGCCCAACUGGCCGCAAGCCGCGCCGCCUCGCGCCGCACUGCGCACGCGACUGGUCGCGCCCCAUCAGCACACCCUGACGCUGGCUUUCUCCGCCACCACGCUGGUGACAACUGCUGAUGAGGCCUGGCCCUGUGGGCCCGGGAGGGGGUGGAUACAGGUAAAAGACAGCUACACAGACAACAACGGGACAGAAUGGACUCUGUGCGAGGUGGACAGGAGCAAGAGGAAGCUGGAGCCGCGCGCGCCGCUCGUCAUCAACUCGUACCUGCACUCGCUCAGCUUGACACAGCAUGCUGGCGAGCAAGGCGUUAAUAUGGAUGUCGCACUCAUGGUCAAGGAAGAUCCUGAAUACCACAGCAAGGUCCUGCUAAUAUCUGAGGAGGCUAGCGUGGAGUCUUGCUAUCCGAACCCUUGUCUACAUGACGGCAGAUGUACUACGGAGGAGACGAAAAGCUUCUGCCAGUGUGCUGGAUAUUAUGCUGGUAUAUUCUGCCUGGUGACGGCAUGCGAGCGGUCUCCGUGCAUGUACGGCAACUGUUCGCUGGUGGCUGGAGGCUCGGCGGGAGAGGCGUGGACAUGUGCAUGCGCCCGAGGCUGGCGAGGGAAGCGCUGCGCCGAGCGCGUGCGCCCCUGUCAGUCCAAGCCUUGUAACAACCGCGGCGCCUGCACUGAGAGGGACGGAGGCUUUCUGUGCCAAUGUAAUCCUUCGUGGAAGGGGAAGAGAUGUGAGACCCCAAACCCGUCCCCCAACAUUAUUAGCCUGGGCCAGCGCAUGCUGCAGGAGCCGUUCUGGCUCGGGCUGAUCACGGUGUUCGUAGUGCUGGGCAUGAUUGGCCUCGUGUGGUGUGCCAAGCGCCACUUCCCCGAGAAGAUCGAGAAACUCCUCGCCGAGGAGGCCGACCGCUGCGCGAGACGCACCCCAUCACCACGUAAAAAACGCAAUAAUUCUACGCCGACUAAGAAAAACGCUGCCGAGAAAAAGCAAAUUUUGCAACAACUAAUAAGUCCUGCGACUGCUAACGAUCAUUCAAAGAAAAUAACGAUGGGAGAUCUGAUACAGAUGUCUGAGAAGCGAACAUUGAGCACUGUGGAGAGCGCGCCGGCGUUCAUGGACUAUGGCAAUGAGAACAAGGAGACAUCGUUUGCGAGUGAAGCUUCAACACCGUCGACGUCACCCUCCAUGCGACACAUAUCAGACCCUAAAUUAGAGAAGAAGGUCACUUUUGCAAGACUCCUGAAUAAAGUGUCAGCUGAAAUGAGCUCCAGUUCUGACGUCGAUAUGGUGAAUACUAUAACGAUACCCAUGGCGGUGAUAGCGGACAGAGGGGUGAGAGCGAAGGCGUCGAGUACGCCGCCAUCACCUGGUGUGGAAGUCAGGUCACCUCACAGUACUUCCAGCAACCAAGGAAGUGAUUCUAUGUCGAGUCUUGAUUUGACGUUGACACAUGCUGCACUGAAGAAAUAUUCCAGACAACCAAAAAUCUCAAGUGCUGACUCAAUUUUGGCGAUGUUCCGAAAUUUCUCAUCGUCAUCGGCAGCGAUAGUAUCCAGAGCAUCGUCAGGCGGAGUGUCUGUGUCCAGUACACCUUCAGCGUCGUCUCCUCAAGAUGACACGGUGGAUGCUGAUGAUAUAUCGAUAGCAUCAUCACAUAUACCAUCAUUGGCACCAGACUCGCCUGUCACAAGACCUCAUAAUACUAUUGAGAUUCAGGUUCUGGACCCUCUAAGUGCACACAAAUCAUCAUCAUCAGGUAGCAACUUACUCCAUCCACCGUCCAUUCUUCUAGAAGUACCAAGUGGGAUCAACAAGUGCUUGUCCCCGAUACGAGAGCUUCCCACCCCCUUGCCGACCCCCCUCCCGACACCCCUACCCACCCCUCUGCCGUCCCCUAGACUACCGAGAGCUAGUAUAGACAUGGAUGCUAAGAGCGAGUCAACUGCGACUGUCAUGUCGCCCAGUGAAGAUGAACUAGAUGAAAUUAAGUGUGAAACGAAGAUGGAAAGGUCUACGUCUGGUUUGCGGUUGAAGCUACGGCCACCUCUGCUGAGCACUGACACGACGACGACGCCGACAUCUUCGACCCACGUAACCGAGUCCCCUAGCCUCAGCCUGUCCCCCGGGCAGUCGUCGCCGCCGCGGCUGGCGCUGGCCGUGCCGCUGCUGACGGUGCAGCGCGCGUCGCCUGGCUCGCCGCCGCCGCGCCGCACCCCCCCGCACCUAGAGUUCCAGCCACCCCCCCUCAUCACCGUCACGUAUAACGCUAGCGAGGAGUCCGACGAGCCCCUGUCCCCCCGGCCGCCCCCGCCCUCCGGCAACAUGUGCUACCUCAGCCCCUUCUCCAUGUCCGCGCGGGGAGAGCGCGCCCCCUCAGAGUCGAACCUAUCCUCGUCAGGGUACAGCUCCAUGGCCAGCCCGGGACCUUCGCGCUGCGGCUCGAGCAAUCCUCUGUGCCCUUCGGAGAUGGAGGACCCCGGCUCCGGCGGAGGCCCGUCCUGCUUUCAGUCGCGGAGGCGGCCGCUCAUGAAGACCAACUCUAGUCCGGCGGCGGCCAACGACGACAGUAAGGAACGUAGGCGAGGACGAUCCGACUCCGAAACGUUAUCCGACGAUCCCUUGUUAGAAUCCAACGACGAAGGCAUAGGGACAGACGAGAGAGUAGAUGACGUACCAACGAGCGCGAAAGAGAUGGAACUAGUUGCACUGAAAGAGACUUUAGAAGUUCCGCAGGCGACCCUGUGCUCUCCUAGUGGAGUGACCAAGUGUUCUAUAGUUAAGUGUGUUAGUGUCGAGAGAGGACUAGACGAGAAGGCUAGCUUGAGGCCUCCCACUUUGUUAUCAGAAGGUAGUAGACCUCUGAGUCCAGUCAGUUCGAGGAGCGAGAGUCCGUUGAGCGACAAGACUGGUUUGGGGAGAUUUUCACCGCAAUUUUACGGUAGACAACUGCCGUUUACAGAUUCUGACGGGUUGUACGACUUUCCGAGUUCGGAUUGCGUGAAGGGGGCUAACAGCAAGCUCGGCAGUAACUGCCAGAAGAAGAGCGGCCGGAAGCGCGACCGACGCAACACGCGCACCGCGUCGCACGAUGUCGCCGGCACCGCCAAGUCCACGCUGCCACACAUGCCGCACUCCAUGCAUAACUUGUUGGAGGUGCCAGGUUGUCGAGACGGAUCCACGCGGGGUCGUAAGGGCGGGCGUAGACGGUCACGCUCUCAAGCACCAGCCCCGGCCACGUCAUCAUCAUCAGAAGAUUCCGUGUCGAACGCCAGCGUCGCAUCUGUCGCGUCAGCUAGAGAACUAAGGCAACCUGAUAUGGAUAUGCAGGACACGUCGUCUAAAAUAUCAUCGAGUUUGGAUCUGACUGAAGACUCCAGAAAACCACAGAAGGUUAACAAGUUGCGGACGAUAAGCAAUCAAAUAAGAUUUCUCCGACGGCUAGAGCGCAGCUUGAAAAUGAAAGAAAGCUACCCAGCUCUUUCCGACGACGAAGGAGACGAGUCCUCGAGCGUCACUUCGCCCCUACUCCAAGGACGGAAGGACUUAAACCGAGUGCCCAGCCACGCGAUAUCAGCUCCUCUACUUAGUGCAGUAAGACCUAAAAUCACAAGACAAAGACGUUACGAUAGGUCGUUGAUAAGUGAAGACACGAGGACUUUAAACACUGCCGCAGGACAAGACAAUUCUGACUGAACUUAGAUCUUUUGUGUUACUGAAUACAGUGCCAUUUCAUUUAAAGUUAUAUGGAUAAAAAUCACAUAGAAACCACAUAUUUGAAAAAUGUUUUCUUGAAUGACAUUAGUCGCUAAAGAAGUUUUUGAAGUUAAAGUUAAACCCUUUUUGGAAAUUACAAAUUAUCUCCAUGUUCUACUAUCAAAUCGACAUGAGUAUACAAGAUUCUAAUCUAAUGUGAUAUAUUAAACUAAGCGACACGAAUACUAGAAAUGUUAUUGUUUUUUAAUUAAGUAUAAUAUUUAGGAAAUCGAACGUUUUAAUUUCCUUCAGUUCUCUUUUGAUGUCUCAAACUAAACGUAACUUAGCUUCAUGUUGUAAAUAAUUUUCUCGAUAGCAAUAACUUAUUUGUAGAAGAUUUUGUAGAAACAAUAUUUUACUGUAAGUAACUGUAGUGAAGUACUUUAAUGUAGGAUACAAGUUGACGCUAUCAUUUAUAACAUUGAACUAAACUGUUUCUUUUAGUCUCUACCUAUCUGGUUGUUUGAAAAGUUUAAUUUUGCUUAAUUUGUAGUUUUUGUUAAAAUAUACUAUGUAUAAAAUGCUUUAUGUAAAUAUAUAUUAAACGUAUUGCUCAAAUGCAUAUUUUGUGAAAUCGUUUUUUGCGCACUUUUGCUGUUAUGUAAAUAUAAUAUGUAACUUAUUAAUUAUUGUAAAUAUCGGAUUCGAGAGAAGUCUUUUCAUUUUUCUUGACAAAUAAUAUUACAAUGUAAAAUGUUUUAGAUCGUAAGUAUAAAACAAAAUGAAAGGCCCAAAAAAAUCUGUAUACCAAUUGCACAAUUACUACUAUAUACACAUAUAUAUGAAUAUAAGCACUCAUGGUAUAUGUUAAGAUAUAUAUUGAUAUCUUGAAUAAGUAUGUACUUGACGCACCAAUAGAAUAGUUCGAUGCAUCUACGUCUAAAUAAACAUACACUGCGAGCCUGUAGUCCCCUUCAUAGAUCCUAAAGACUAGUGCCCUGUUCUGUUGUAUCUUAAAGCAUAUUUAUUUGAAGCCAGAAUAGAAAACUUACCUAUAAUCGAAAGACCUAGUAUAGGUUAGCCGUAACAUAAUAUAAAAACCUUAAAAAAACGUUCCAUAUACCUUAGAUCCCUAGUAAUUACUUUAUUUUUUCUUAGACAUAAUCCAAUUCUGUCACGAUAAUGAAAAAAACUAAUUAUUUUUUCCUUUUGAUUUAUCACUUUGUAAAGUUAGAUUUGUACCAGUACUUUAGAAGCUUAGAUACCUACAGUUUCAGCAAUAAUUUGAUGUGAUUGGACUGUACAAAGACUGACAUUGUUUGUGCACUAACAAAACUUAGAUAUCUGUGUUACGUUUCAAUGUAUAUCGUAAUAUGCGUAUUUAAUGUAUACAGUUAUCUUUUAUACCUAAGUAAGUCACUGUCUAUGUGUUCGAUGUUUAUAAUUUUAUUGUUAUUUCGUAAGGAAACCACAAGAAACGAGGCAUAUGUCUAAAUGUCCUAUUUCAUAUACUAACUGCAACAUCAGUUUCGUAAGUGGCCAUAGACAGAAAUUAAUAUUAUCCGUUAAAUUAAAACAAUAUAGCAAAGUAAUAAUGCUUUCUCUUUGUAACAAAAAUAAUUUAAAAAGUACCUAUAUCUUUCGAACUGUGGUGAAAGGCAAAUAUAGGCCGGUUCACACAUAUUCUUUACUUUGUUAAUUUUAAAGCCUAACUCCCAAAAUAAAUAGAAAAAUCUCAUAGAUACAUUCAAAAGGUAACAAUAGUACAUUAUUUCCUGCCCAAUCUAACAAAUAUGUAUUCAAAGCUUAGAAUGCGUCUAAAUGUAAAAUAGUAUAAAAACUAAAAAUUAUGAAAAAUAAUGGCCUGUUCAUUGAGACUGAUUUUCUAAAACUUAACUCUUAAACGUCGCUUAUUUGUUUCUCGCUCGAUCGAUGUGUGAAUGUGUUUGAUUUCUCUGUCUAUAGUUUUAUUACUUAAGAUCUUGAGAUCUACGUUUCCGUGCCUUCGAAUCUGUCAAAAUUUAAAUUAUCUAAGUAUGAACAUUCGGCCGUGGUGAUUAGUCUAUGUUAGUCCAUAUUUACAGUCAACUGUUGUUCAACAUGCCGUGAACAAGUUAAACGUUACAAGUAUUUGGCUAGUUUAAUUCGAUAUUUUAUUAGCACAUAUUGUUACAUUUGAUUUAAAUUUAAACUGACUUCAUAAAAAUAAGUAUUUCGUAAUAAUCAAUAACGGGCAAACGUAUUUGAUUGAAAUAACGAAAUUAAUACGAAUUAAAAAAUAUUACGAAAAAAUAAUUAUUUGAUGACGAAAUAUAUUUGCCUGUUAUUUAUUUGAAUUACAUAAUAGUAAAUAUGAUUAUCUAAUAUUUAAUCAACAUAGAAAACUCAAAAUUAGUAUCAUCGUGAGAGCACCCAAUUAUUGUAAGCAAUACGUUAUUAUAAAAUUAGUGAAUAAAAUAAUUGUAAAAUAAAAUUAAUAAAUUCUGUGAUUGAAAGCGUGCAGCUCCUGGUGCAGCUCAAAUGCGGUUAGAUGUUGUCUUACAGUUGCAUUAAAUUAUUAAUAUAAAAGAAUUUGCAGGCAAAAUAAACUGUAUAAAAACUAAAAAUAUAAUUUGAAAAGUAAUGAUUUUUGAAAUUAGGUACAUACGUAACAUGAUUAAAAAAGAUUGGUUUGUUUUUAAUUCUGAAAGAUUCGUAAUUUUACUGCAACAUGAGUCCUACUUUUUAAAAAUAAGAUCAGUAACUAUAGUAGUUUUUAUUUAACCGUCAUCUUUUUAUGACUUUUAACUUACAAAAAAUAUUGAGACAUUGUUGUAUCGUUUAUUUCCAUUAUAUUACCGCAACAGUUAGACAAAUGUAUCCGUGUACCGUGUUUUUCCGUAUUAGGUAAACGACGUCCGUAACAAUCAUAAGAUUACCUAUUUAUAAAUGCAAUUUACUACUUACCUAUGUUACGCAUAUUUUUUAUGAUCUCAUAAAUGAUUUAUUAUUUACAACUACCUAUCCAUUGUUCUUUUAAAACCAAAUUUUAAUGCAUUUCUUUAAAUUAAAAAUAUUAUUGAAUUCACAAAUUCGUUCUAAAUGGUGGAAGGUAGCACUAAGCGAGUUAUGUAAAUAUGUUUUACACCAUACGCAUAAUAAUUUAAGGUGUAUAUUCAAUAUAUUAACGUCUUAUUCACAAUGUAAAAUAUAAAGGUAAAUAAAUUUUGCUUGUUAUUUUUA